ACCCAGUCGUCCUCCACCUCGCUUCCAUCCCCCUAUCCCUCUCGCCGGCCCAGCCAGCCCGCCUACAAUGGGAACGGUGCGCACCAAGGCCGACAUCAAGGCGCAGCACCACCUCCUCUCGGGCGCCAUCUCGGGCCUCACCUCUGCCGUCUGCCUCCAGCCGCUCGACCUCCUCAAGACCCGCCUGCAGCAGGGGUACGAUGUGGGGCGGAAGAGCCACCGGUUGACGCCCGUCGUGCGCCAGGUGCUUGCGGAAGACGGCGUGCGCGGCCUCUGGCGCGGUACAGUGCCCACCGUGGUUCGCAAUGUCCCCGGCGUCGCCAUCUACUUCUACAUGCUCAGCUCGAUCCGGUACGAGCUCGGCCGGGUGCCGUUCUUCAAAACCGUGGUGGAGAGCACCGACGGCAAGAAGCGCUCGGCGCUGUCCAAACUCAGCGCGACGGGCAACCUCGUCGCUGGCGCAGUCGCGCGCACGUCGGUCGGGUUCGUGCUCAACCCCGUGACGAUCAUCAAGGCACGCUUCGAGAGCAACGCGUACAAGGAGUACCGGAGCGUGACUGGCGCCUUCCGGGACAUUGUGUCCAAGGCUGGCUUCCGCGGCCUGUUCCAAGGCUUCACGGCGACGGCAGUCCGCGACGCGCCCUACGCAGGCAUCUACGUCGUCUUCUACGAGAAGUGCAAGGAGCUGGCUGGACGAGCCCUCGCCCUCCGCCCAGAGCUCGGCAUCCCCAACGCGGCGCUCCACUCGGGAUCUGCCGUGACUGCCUCGGUCCUUGCCACGGUCAUCACCUCCCCUGCAGACUGCGUCAAGACCCGCAUGCAGGUCGCGCCGGCCGCCAACCCCAACAUUGGCAGCGCCGUCUCUCACAUCUACAGGGACUCUGGCCUCAAGGGCUUCUUCUCCGGAUCAUCAUUGCGCAUCUCCCGCAAAGCUGCAAGCAGUGCCAUUGCUUGGACAGUCUACGAAGGCCUCCUCCUUGUCUUCCAUACCCGCGACGCCGCCCGCAAGGCGGCCCCAUUGUAACACUAUCGACUCGUGUCUCAUCAGCAAACAAACACUCUGUAGGGCAAAGACUGCCACUUGUGUGGCCAGUUGGAUACAAUGCAUCAUUACUCCUUGG